AUGAAGGUUCUUUGUUUGAUUUUUUUCUCUGUAUUAGUUUUGGGCAAAGCAAAUUUUGUGGCAAAGACAGCAGAAGAUGUGCUGAAAUUUGACGAUGAAUGUGCCACUGAACUUGGAGAGCCUGCCGAUCGUCUUACUGAGUUCAAGAAAGGCGAAUUCAAAGAGGACCGUCUUUCCUUUUGUCAUGUUCAUUGUGUUGCAAAGAAAAUGGGCUUAUUCGAUGAUGAAAAAGGAACAGAUGCAGCUAACAUGGUAAAACAAUUAAAAUCUAAUAAUGACGAAUCAGAGGAAAAUAUGUUAAAAGUUGUGGAGGAUUGCAUCAAAAGCACAGAUGAUAAAAAGGAGGAUAAAUGUGUUUGGGCAUUCACUGGAUUUGUCUGUCUUGGUGAACAAGGUCUUAAAGCAAGUCCUGUAUAA